AUGUUUCCAAACAGAAUUUUCUUUCAAAAAAUUACAUGUCCUUAUAUUCGAAAAAAUACAGAAUGUAACACAAUAUUUUGCCCAUUUAAUCAUUUAUACCAAACACUAAAAGAACAAAAUUAUGACACGAAAAAACGGAAAUAUUCAUAUACACCUAAUAUUUCUAACAUAUUACCACAAGAAAAUUAUGUUAACGUGAUAAAAAAUACAAGGGAUUAUCAGUGUAAUGAUUCUACAUCUAUUUAUGACGCAAACAAACUAAAGAAAAAUGUUAUAUUUAAAGAUAAUAAACUACAAAAUUAUUCAGAAACAAAUGAUAAUGAUAUAGGCCCAAAAUUUAUACAUACUCUUGUUCAUAUACCGCAUAAAACUCGUGUUCAUUUUUUUAGAUUAAUAGAACAAGAAUUUUUAAGAAUAUAUUCAAAAACUAAUCAAGGUAAUUUUUUAGCAAGAAACAUUUCACUAGAAAAAGAACUUGAAAUUCUGAACUCAACCUACCAAAAUAAAUCAAUUUAUAUUAAUUCAUGUAAAAAUUAUAUAAUUUCUUUAAAAAAUAAAGAUAUUUUACAUGAAAACACCACAAACACAAAGAAUGCAGAAAAUGCAGUAGAUACUAUAUUCUCAAAUUACAAAUAUAUAGAGAUAUCACUAUUAGAACUUGAAAACUAUAUAUUAAGCGAUAUUCAACUUCAAACAGCUGGUUAUAUUUUAGACAUACCUAUACCAGAAAUACAAACGAGUGAUGUAUAUUUUCAUUGUGAUAGAUGUAAUAUUCCAUUUAUUGUUAAAAAAAUUCAACAUUACACAAAAUGUCGCUAUCAUUGGGGGAAACUAAUUAAAACUAGUAAUGAACAAACAAAAAUAUAUUCAUGUUGUCAUGAGAGCAAUACUGAUUCAAUAGGUUGUAUAACAUCUCUUCAUCAUGUAUUCAAAAUUACAUCACCAUCAAAAUUGGCAGCAGAAAUAAAAUUUGUUGCAUCUCAAGCACCAAUGCAAUCAUCAUUUUUAGACGCAGCUGUCCUUGACUGUGAAAUGAUAUAUACUACAGGUGGGAUGGAAUUAGCUAGGAUUACUAUUUAUGAUAUUUGCGAAAAUUUAUUAAUUGAUAAAUUAAUUAAACCAAAAAAUAAAAUCAUAGAUUUUAAUACGCGUUGGAGUGGUAUAAAAUCAUUAGAUAAUGCAGAAUUAUCAUUAUCAGAUUUACACAACAUUUUAUUUACAGAUCUAAAAUUAUGCAGUUCGACUAUAUUAAUAGGACAUGGUCUUGAAAAUGACUUAAUAGCUAUAAGACUUGUCCAUAAACGUAUAAUUGAUACAGCAUUAUUAUUCCAAGAUGAAAAAGGAUUACAACGUAAACAUUCAUUAAAGUAUCUUGCAAAAAAAUACCUUAAACGUGAAAUACAAACAAACAUUACAGGUGGUCAUGAUAGUAAAGAAGAUGCUAAAGCAACUCUAGAUCUUGUUCGAUAUAAAAUUUAUCAUGAUAACUUAAAAAAGAUCCAUAAAUUACAUUAA